CAAAUAACAACCUUUUAAUCUUCAACCCCCGGCACAGCGCGGGUCUUCAGGCACUCAAACCUUCUUUAAGCCCUCGGCGGCGGCGGGUGCUUGUGGGUGGUUUCCAUACCUUACGUGUACUUUACCUGACGGACUGCGAGUUACUGGGCAGAUCGCUUCCCGCUCCCUCGUUUCGUCUUGUCCUGUCCUGUCCUGUUUCGAUUUGCGCUUCACAAUCGUCGCGCCCGCAAGCUUCGGCCACUCAACCACUCUCCCUUUCAUCACCGCAGCCACUGCACCACGCACCCUCAUUCUCAGUCCCCUUCACCUAAUUGUGCUACUCAUCCGCCUCCUAUCGGACCACGCUCGUUAUUUCGUUCCCAGCUGCAGUAGGAGGGCUGCUCUUGUUGAGAUCCCCCCCCCUGUGACGACUGUUUGAUCCUUCAGGCCUCCGGGUGCUGGCUACGAAGUCGCGGUGCUUGUGCUUGCGUGCGUGCCAACUGCAACCUCAAAUCUUCACUCAACCUCACCUCCGUCUCUCGUUCCAAUCAACUCAAUGUCGCCGACCACCUACUGAAGCGUCUCCCACUCGUUCGUCCCUGUCGCUGCCACUUUCCUGGGUCUUUGUCCUUCGGAAAAGAGACCUGGAGAAGCUUUGAUUGUGAUUUAUUUGGAAGACAAGCAAUAAUUUUGGUCGAUUUGAAUUGCGACCACUCUCGAACACAACUACUCCUCGAACGUGCCUGCUUCAGGCCGUUUGUUGUAUUAAUUGACAAUCACUUUCACGAACGUGCUUCUCUCACACAAUGGCACCUGCUCCGCCCCGUCUACGAAUUGUCUCAGUCGGCGGAAAUGCGGUGUCCGCGUUCCUAUCCUGGCGAUUACAGGCCACAAAUGCCUGCGAUGUGACACUGGUCUGGAAAGCCAACUAUCAGAGUGUUGCGCAGUAUGGUAUUUCGUUCAAAUCUCAACUUUUCGGGAACGAACGAUUCAAGCCACGAUACGUCGUCCAAAGUCCCGAAGAUGCCGCGAGUCAGCAAGCCGCUUUUGACUAUGUGAUCCUCUGCGUCAAGGCACUCCCAGACGUCUACAACCUGGCAGACAUCAUCCAAUCCGUCGUCACGCCUCAACACACUUGUAUUCUGGUGAACACUACCAAUACGCUGGGGGUGGAGAAGCAACUCGAAGAGAGAUUUCCCUCAAACGUCGUUUUGUCCCUUGUGUCUGGAGCCGAUCUCAAGCAACUUGGCUCGAGUGAGUUCGAGCACAGUGGUUCUACAGAAAUUUGGGUCGGUCCCGCCAGCCAGAACUCGGCCAUCCCGGAAUCAAUUCAACGCGAUAUGUCUGAAGCCCUAGCAAUGACUUUGACAACCGCACAAGUCGAUUGCAAAGUGUCGACCAACAUCAAGCAGCAACAGUACGAGAGGAUGAUCGGGCCCAUUGCGUUUCACCCUACUAGUGUCCUCUUUGAGACUCCCAACCUCUCCGACUUGGUCCGCAUCCCUGGCGUCGAGAACCUCAUUUCGGAACUGAUCGAAGAGCUACUGCAAAUAGCCUCUGCACAACACUGCAAAUUCCCUGGCGACUUCAAGAAGAAAACGAUGGAUACCAUGCUUGGGGGUAAUCAGGAGCCGAGCACAAUGUAUCAGGACUUCACCGCGCGGCGACCCAUGGAGGUCGAGACAUAUCUCGGUUCUCCAGUGGAACUAGCGAAGAGCGUCAAUGUCAAGGUACCGCGGCUAGAGACCUUGUAUACCAUGCUGCGUCACCUCAACACUGUGAACAAAGACCGCCCUCCUGCGAGCGCGACUCCAUCCAGCUUGCCUCAGUCGCCAUCCAUGACCCAACCACCUCCUCGGACCAUGUCUCUAUCCAACCCACCGCCGCCACGCCAGGUCAAUGCCUCGUUGAACGGGGGCCCAGGGCCAAGACCAAUGAGAGGUCCUCCUCCCCCGGGUGUCCCCAUGGGUGGCCCAAUGGGUCCCCCCGGUAUGCGGCGUGGCCCUCCACCCGUGAAUGGAUUCCGAGGCAUGCCGAACGGCCAGCCGCCACGAGGGCCGCCUCCAAUGCGACGGCGACCAUCCUAUGAUGAGACCAACUUGGACGAGUUCAGUCAUGUCGUCCUCUAUGAUGAAUUGCCAGAUGGCGAAGUUCCAGUUGGCGGAGGAGCAUACCCAGAACAUCCUGGUGGCCCUAAUGGUGUUGCGAUGAGGGAGAGAGAAAUCAUGCUAAGAGCCAAGCAAUUACAUCUGAAGCAACAAGAAAUGGCAAUGAAGGGCCGCGGUGGGCGGAGGACCUCGCACAACCGGUAUCAAGAUCUGGAUGAUGAGGAUGACGAGGACGACUAUUUCGACCCCAUGCAGGCACGCGGACCGCCACCGGUACCUGUCGAUCCUGACAAUUUCGAUAUGAUGAGCGUUACUUCAAGACGGACCAAGCGAACCGACAGCCAGAGCCAGCUUCGUAAGGACGCAUUCAUGAACGGCAACGGUAUGCGACCCGGCUCUUAUGGACGACCCAACCAUGGUGGAAGACACCGGACCAGCACGCAGAUCCUUUCCGACAUGCCGGUCCUGGGUUCAAACAUUCUUGACAAUCCUAUGAUGGGCUUCUCCUCCAACCGGUACGGCUCGGUUGAUCGAAAAGAGAUUGCAGAGGAAUCUCGUGCCAAUUCUUUGACAGCAAGUCGUCUGCAAGAAAUGGGUAUCAACGGCGGACCAUAUCCUGCACCGCCUAGUCGUCGGACAAGCCGGUCACCUGGCAAUCCGUUCGCCCCUUCUGGCAGGGUGUCAGGUAGACCUUCACCACCCAACGACCCCUACAUGCAGGGAGGAGCACCACCGCGCAACGGCAGGCCGUCCCCGCCGGGCGGUGUACGAGCUCCCGUACCGAGAUAUCCUCCCGGUCACGGCAACAUGAUUCAUCCACAGCAAGUUGAACAGGCUGGAGUGAGCAAACCAUUCCCACCGCCCAAAGCCCCUGUCAAGAGUCUAACUGGAAGUGCCAGUGCUAGCGCGGGAAGUGGUGACAGUGGUAGUGCCAACAUUGAAUCUGAGCCUUCAGCUCACAGCAGCACAAGCAGCUUUGUGGCUCGGCAAGUGCUGAGUGCUCAAUAGAGCUAGCUCUGGCUUGCUGGACUUGCUGGACUGAAUUGCACUGAAUAUGCGCACUGGGUCGGCUAGCUGGCUUUGCAACCAUUGACGAGCGGUUUACCUUUCUUGAGUUCACCUUUGCGGCACGGCAUCAGCAUAUAUGUCCAACUGUUACUCUUGUUUUGCGUAUACUUUUUAAUGACAGCUCUCCCCGUUUCCACCCUUUACGAUCUGGAGGCCGUUGAUGGACUCCGCACAACACCAACAACAACAACAAAAGCAUUGAGACGAGACUGGUGGACGGCUCGCGGCCGAGUGGAAAUAUUGGAACAUUCGACCUUUUUUUCCCUUCUUUUCGAGUACAUACAGCAUUGCAAGGAAACGACUGGCACCCCCAUCGCACACGGCUUGAUGCUCUGUGACAGUCCUGGAGUCGCGCUGUUGACGGGAUGAUUGGAACGGUUUUUCCGAGGAGCCCGGUCGGAUUCGUUUCCGGCUGCGAGAAGGAUUGGAGACAGGAACUUUUUGUAUUCCAUUACUCGAGACAUACACUUUUUUUUCAGGCACACGAACACGAUUGGAACCGGAAUGAAUAAUUAUGCUAGGAUUUUGCAUGAAAAACAGGGCUCGGGAUGGUCGUGGAUGGCGGGUGCACAACAACACGAGAAUGGACCAGGGAUGGCGUCCAGGCGAGCAGAGUAAUUAAUCCAACGAAUGCAAUCAAAGUCGCGAGAAGUAAACUCUGUUCAGCGUAGUUUUGACCGGUGUGGCAUGGGGUUUGGCUGCUGGUGGUCAGCGUUCGCGAACGUGCAGAUUUGAACCAGAUGGGAGAGGUGCCCUACCUUAUUUGAGCGAUACACAAUCAAGGACAGUGCAGCUUGUAGUAGGAGGGCAAGGGCUGCAGGAGGCUGAGAUGGCGGUCUUGUACGUUAUUAUUAUUGUCCAUCAUGAUGAGGGCCACAAUCCUGUUCUGACCUCGGGGCAUUGAAAC